CACGUGGCCAAUUGAGUCGAUCACCGGCGAUAGAAAAGAGAAACAAUACAGAUUCAGAAGAAAAAAUAAGGAAGUAGAUAGGAUCAAAGUACUUCAAACUUAUUGAAGAAAACAAAAUAAAAUGGAUUCCGUCGUCGUUGACAGCCCAAAUGUGAAAUACACCGAAAAGUUUAUAGAAGCUGAGUACGAAUAUACCAACUCGAAAGUGAGGAGAGAAAAUGUGCGAAUCAUUGCCCAACCCACCACGACCCACUAUACUUUCCGAACUGAACGAAGAGUUCCCAAGUUGGGAGUGAUGCUUGUUGGAUGGGGCGGAAAUAACGGCACAACUGUUACGGCAGCCAUCUUAGCUAAUAAACUGGGUUUAAAAUGGAUGACGAAGGAGGGCGAGAGAAAGGCGAACUAUUUUGGAAGUAUUACCCAAGCUAGUACAGUUUGUGUGGGUAAUAAUGAAUUUGGUGAAGAAGAAUAUAUCCCAAUGAGUGGUCUGUUACCCCUGGUUAACCCUAAUGACAUUGUUCUUGACGGAUGGGAUAUUUCCGGUUUAAACCUAGCUGACAGUAUGUCACGGGCUAAAGUGUUGGAUUACAACCUACAAGAACAACUACAACCUCACCUCAAAGACCUCAAACCCCGACCAUCUAUCUAUUUUCCCGACUUUAUAGCUGCCAACCAAUCUGAUAGAGCUGACAAUGUUUUGGAAGGAACCAAAAGUCAAAUGGUGGACCAAAUUCGAAAGGACAUUCGAGACUUUAAAGAAUCUAGUGGCGUCGACAAGGUCAUUAUCUUGUGGACAGCUAAUACUGAACGAUUCAGUAACGUCAUAACCGGUUUGAAUGACACGUGGGACCAUUUAUCCAAUGCUAUCAGAGCUGAAGAGAGUGAAAUCUCACCAUCGACAUUAUUCGCCGUUGCUUCAAUCCUAGAGGGCGUUACAUACAUAAAUGGAUCUCCGCAGAACACUUUUGUACCCGGAGUUCUAGAACUUGCUGAAAAAAGAAAAGUCUUCAUAGCUGGUGAUGAUUUUAAGUCUGGACAAACGAAGAUAAAGUCAGUUUUGGUUGAUUUCCUAGUAUCAGCUGGUAUAAAACCAGUGUCUAUUGUCAGUUAUAAUCAUCUCGGUAAUAAUGAUGGUAAAAAUCUCUCCGCACCACAAACAUUCAGAUCAAAAGAGAUAUCAAAGAGCAAUGUUGUGGACGAUAUGGUAGCCUCGAAUAAAAUACUGUUUGAGAAAGACGAGAAGCCUGAUCACUGUGUUGUUAUUAAAUACGUACCAUAUGUAGGUGACAGCAAGAGAGCAAUGGACGAAUAUACUUCUGAGAUAAUGAUGGGAGGUACCAACACUAUAGUUCUUCAUAAUACAUGUGAAGAUUCCUUACUCGCUUCACCUCUAAUUAUAGACUUGAUCGUACUAGCCGAAAUCUGUGAGAGAAUUCAGUUUAAAGUUGAAGGCGACGAAGAUUUUCAAAGAUUCAACUCUGUCCUAUCAAUUCUGAGUUUUCUAUGCAAGGCUCCAUUAGUUCCUCGUGGAACUCCUGUCGUCAAUGCUUUAUUCAGACAACGUGCAUGUAUUGAAAACGUUCUAAGAGCUUGUAUUGGAUUGGCCCCUGUCAAUCACAUGAUGUUAGAACAUAAGCACGAGAUUAUUACGUCAUCAUCUACAACCAAUCAUAUUGGUAAGAAGAGAACACGUGACGGUUCUCCCAAGAUCAGCAUGGACGCCAGUCCGACUUCUAGCAACAGUAGCAGUGACGUUGAUAUGUAGUCAACUUAUUAUACUGUUUUUAUUUUGUUUUGAUAUUAAUAAAGUGGCCAGUAAUUUCAACAUUAUCUUGAUGUAAAAUGAUUGAAAAUGGACGGCUCCGUAUAUUGAAUUGACCGUAAUGGACGCUAGACAGUUUGCCUAUUUACCAACAUUAUUAUGGUUCGUUAUAACAUGAGCAAAAAAAAAAACAAAAUAUAUGGAGGACCAAUUUUGAAUUUUACAAAUUUUGGUGGUUAAAUAGAGUUAUGCCCCUUGUACAAUAUCUGUUAAUAUUAAAAGUUUGUUAAUCAAAAAUGUU